AUGCAUCCAACGAAACUCACGCUGUCACCACAAACACAAACGCAUAAACAGAUCAAGGCACAAUCACGUUCGAUGCCACCUACAAAAGCACCUCUCACAAAACCAAGUGUGCCUCGUCCCACAACUACUCCACAGCGACCAAUAGGUCCAUUUGAGCAUAUACCUAGACAACAAAAUGGAAGGUACGAUGCUGUAGCAAUAAAAGUGAAGCUGAUGGAAUCUCUGGGAGAGAAGGCGACUAGAUACUGGGGACAGUUGAAGAAGUAUCUGAUUGGAAAGUUGUCGAUAGGAGAGCUUCGUGAUGUGGCAACCAAUUUAUUGACAAAAGAGCAAAUGGAAUUGCACAACACACUCAUACUAGCAAUCAUCCAUAAUGCUUCUCAGAAAGAAUCGCCGCCGCCGGACAUCCAAGCCAACGGCCCAUGGAAGAGGAAGCAUGGAUUCGGGGAUGAUGAUGAUGACCGCACGGCAACCCAGUCAGAUGCCAAAAGACGACGUCUAAAAAGACUAGUCAUGUCACUCCCUCGAGAAGAAAGGGAACGAAUCAAGAUGAUAAGGGUUCGUAUCAUGGGGUCGUUCCCACUCCCCUACCUCCCCACGGAGGUCUCGGCAUCCCCGACUCAAGUUAAAGAAAGAUCGUAUCACGAUGCGUUUACUCAGUCUCUUCCACAUCCGCCAAUUAGACAGAAACUGCCCGUAUUUGCUCUUCCCGAUUUCGUUCCUAUUCCUCCAAAGCACGUCGAUGAUAUGCGCCCACAGACGUGUCAAGAGAUGUUGGCGCUUCCAGAUGCUGAUGCAUUAAAACGACGGCUUAUACACAUUGCGCAAGCGAACGGACUUGCAUCGAUUCAAGAUGAGUGCGUUCCUUUUAUGCGCUUUGCUCUUGAGUCACAUCUAAAAAACAUUCUCGGCAAUGCUAUUCAGAAAGUACGAACGGGUGGGUCUCUAGGAAUAUCCACGGCAGACUUUCGUAUGAACAAGAAACUCCACGCCGCCGUUGGUUCAACGCAGAAAAACACGUUAACAGCACAUGAUUUGGCAUUUUCAUUUGAAGUUUCGCCACAUAUUCUGGUUGAGCCAAGCGAUGCUCGAGAGAGAUUAACGUCAGACGUGUUAACUGAUGAUGAUGACGACUAA